UGCAAAUAUCUCUUGUCUAGUGAAGAUGUAGGGCUGUCACGAAAGUCAAAAGUACCGAAAUGGCACCCCGACCUCAGGAUAUGCCACUCCCACUCUUAGGCCUCGGACUCACGGCUCCAGACCCCUCAAACACGAGUUAUGACUCUCCUGGCUGGGAAUGGGCACGAGAUGAGGGUAUUCUGAGUGGUGCAUAUGUUCCUUAUAUUUGCGAAGCUAUACUCGUAAUUCUCGUCUUCACGUAAAAGCCCUGCCACACAAGUCCAUGACGACGACGAAGCUGACUAUACGAUACAGUUUAUGUAUCCUCGACCACAAAUACUCAAAGACCUUGCACAAAGAG